GAUCUAAUUUUUAUUGCAGCUUUUAUUGCUAUUGUAAAAAAUGAUGACAACGAUGAACGAUCUUCCACAUGAUUUGAUAGGGGAAAAGAUACUCACCAAAGUUUCGAUAACAUCUCUAAUAGCAGUGCGGUGUACUUGCAAAUUAUGGAAUGCAUUAUCCAAAGAGUUUAUUGUUGGUAGAGAAACAUCAAGGCAGCAUCGUGAGUUUCUAGGCUUCAUGAUGGCAUCUAAUAAGAUUUACCCCUUUAGAUUCGAUAUACAAGGAAUCCGCAAGCACAACAGCUUGGUCGAUCCAUCUAUGAAGCAAGUAAAUUUAAUUGAUCAAGUUGAGAUAUCUAAAGUCUUUCACUGUGAUGGCUUACUGCUAUGCUUCACCAAUGACAACACCAAACUCUUGGUGUGGAACCCUUAUGUUGGGCAAACAAGGUGGAUCAGACCGAGAAAAUGUUUUAAAAAAUCAGACUUGUAUGCUAUUGGUUACGACAACAAGAAUAAGGUCCGUAACUAUAAAAUCUUGAGACUUAGUAAUACUGGUUAUUACAGCCCAGCAGUUGAGUUGGAAAUCUACGACUUUAGUUCUGAUUCAUGGAGCGUUCUUGAUGUCAUCUCCGACUGUAUAAUUUAUGAGUUUAAACGCGGCGUGAGUUUGAAGGGAUGUAGUUACGAUAUAGGCAGUGGGAGAAAAACAAGUAAAAGAUGGUUGCUAUGUUUCGAUUAUACAAUGGAGAGAUAUGGACAGCGACUGCCUAUCCCGUAUAACAUAAAUAAAUAUGAUGCGUCUCUAUCUACAGUUAGAGAAGAGAAUCUCGCUGCACUUUAUUUUGAUCUUAGUCUUUUAAUGACAUUGGAGAUUUGGGUUACGAAUAAGAUUGAGCACAACGCGGUGACGUGGAGCAAGUUUUUUAAGGUGGAUAUGAUGAUGAUGAAUCGACUCAGAGGUAUUAUGUUUGGCUUGCAUGCUGAUAUUUGCUUCGCUGAUGAGGAGAAUAAAGUUGCGGUGGUUAUUACUAAUAGCCGAAGUCGCUCAUGCAAUCAACCAAAAGCUAGCAUCAUUGGAGAGGAUGGAUACUUCAAAUCUAUAAAAAUCGGAGAAAGGAAUUUAAAUCUCCCUAUAGAGUUGUAUCCCCUACUUGUGUUUUCCCCUUAUAUUCCAAGCUUAGUGCAAAUCAGCGGACCAUUCAAAAAAAGACAAAAGAAAGAGAUGCCUAACUUGCCUUGAUUAAAUUAUUGUAUCAUCCACUUUUGCAUUCUUAUUAUUUUCAUGUCAUUUUGUUCCCAUAGAGACGUUGAAUGCCAAUCCUCUUUUUCCAUAUAACUCUCUUAGUAUUCUGCUGAGCCUUUAAUACAAGAGUUGAGAUGGCUUGAUUUGAGACACUACUGAUAAUUUUACUGUACCAGAAUAAAUUGCAAAAGCUUAAUAUUUUUUUUUUAUAGACUGAUUUUUGUUGAAUUCGUGUAAACAAUUCUAGAUGUGGAAUAGAAUUAUCUAAACGAUGCAUUGAGGAAGAGAACACAUUUAUGAUAAUUAUAAUUUUUUUUUAAAUUUUGUGUUAUUAUAAUUGUUAACUAAGUUCUAAAAAAUUUACAAAAUAUGUAGAUUCACUCCUUCUUUUAAUUUUUAUCAUAUAUAUCAUGCAAAAAAAUAUUUUACAAAACAAAUUUUGUAUCAAAAAUUUUAAGAUUAUUUGAAUUAAUCAAAACAUAUGAGAUAUCCGUAAGUAUUCGUAAAUAUCCGCAAAUAUCUAUUUAUUUUUCGGAUAUUCGUUUUUCCGAAUAUCCGUAUUUUUCCGAAGCAAAGCAAAUCGAAAAAUUAGAUAUCCGUGACAUACGAAGCAAAUCACAAAUACCUUCAAAAACCUGGAUAUCCGAUCCGUGUCCAGGCCUACCCUUAUGUUGGGCAAACAAGGUGGAUCAGACCGAGGAUAUGUUACGAAAAGUCAGACAUGUAUGCCUAUUGGUUACGAAUUUUCAACAUGUUGUUGACUUUUCUACUGGCCAAGCUCAUGGCGUAUGAGACUAAUGAAAAAAUACUUAUAUGAAACUUUGAACAUAGUGCAAAUAGAACUGCUAUAUUGUUAUAAACCAGAUUGUGGAUGGUUCAUAACCAAGAGAUUAUACCAUCGGCGGCCCAAGAAAGAGAGAGUCGGCCAGCUUUUCCUUAUGUCUUUAUGUUUUCCUUUUCCUAGUUGGAUUAUGAUUUAUACUCUUUCCAUUUAUCUAUGACGGUGUAAUAUCCUAUAUAAUGAACCUUUAUGUUAUGAAUAAAGAUAGAUUUUUCCAUUACUUUCACAACACGUUAUCAGCACGAUUGAUCUCUAAAACCCUAAGCUAAAAUAUCGACCAUAAACCCUAAAUCUCUCUCCAUUGCUAAAACCCUAAUCUCUAUCGAUCACCUCUCUUUGAUCAUGACCCUGAUCUGUAUUCGACCACUGAUCUCAACAAGAUCGAUCUGUGGACUGAUCUCUGCAAGUUUCAGUACGCCUCAACUAUUCCAGAUUGUACGAUCAGCCUGUUCCAGUCCGUGAUCAAACUGUUUAAGAUCUACGAGUUCUUUGACUGCAAGUACCAGCUCGCGUACCAACGAUCCCGAUCAGCUCAAACUAAGCUCACGGACUGCAAGGAAACAGUUUGGACCAGUCCGCGUAAGGUUCCAGUUUGUACCAGUCCACGUAAGCUCAUUCUCUUGGUGGUCCAUUCAACCCAUCAAAGGUUUAAGGUAUACCUAAACUCUAAGAACCCAGAAUCGAAUGAACUAAUGUUCAAAGUGAAACCCUAAAAUCUGUAAACCCUAAAUUACGUGUGCAUGAAUUGUUUUAUUUGAUUGAUUGAAUGUUUCUUUGAGGUUUAAAUCCGUGUGAGUUAGGAUUGAUAGUUUUUAUAAUCUGAUUGAAUGAUUUGAGGUUUAAUAUUGCAUGUUAGAAUCUGUUAUAAUAUAAACCCUAAUUCGAAUUGAUAAACCCUAAAAUAGAAUCCGUGUAUUGCAGAAUCCGAAUUGAAUGUUUUGAGGUUUCAUAUUAUACUAGGUUGAUAGUUUCAUGAUAUAAUCAAUUGUUCUGAGGUUUAAGAUUAUUUGCUAGAAGCUAAUUGAUUGAUAAAACCCUAAUUUUGAAUUGAAACAUUAAACUCUAAUUUGUGUAUUCCUAAAAUCAGAUUGCUUUAUUCCAUCUUGCUAAUAUCAGCCUUGAAACUGAUUAAUAAAAUUGAUAGAAUCAACCUUGAAACUGAUUGUUUUGGUUUUUCAUGAUUGAAACCCUAUUUUUGGAUCGAAACCCUAAAUUGUGUAAUGCUUGAAUCCGUUUGAUUAUUUUUGAUUAUUGAUCCAAUUGCUAGUCUUGAUAAUACCUAAUUGAAUCUGAUUGUUAGUCUAGCUAAAUCUCAUACCUGAAACUGAUUGAUUAAUUGCUAAACCUUGAUUGAAUGUUUUAAUAUUACCCUUGCACAUAUAGAAUCCGAUUGCUAAGAAUGAGUGCAUCAUAUCUACUUGGCUGUGUGGCCAGUUUGCAUCAUAUAUCAUCCUGACCAACAUGUUUAUGUUAUGCGCAUGAUCUGAUUAUUAUCACCUUUGCAUGAUAUGAUUGUUUUAAAUUGAGGUUCCAUAAUUCCACUCCUGUACAUAUAGAAUCAGUAUGCUAGGUUUGCAUUAUAACCAUAUGGCCGCAUGAAAACAUAUAGAAAUUGCUUGUUUGGUCGAUACCCUUGCUUGAUAAAUCUGUGUGACUUAUUAUGCAUCAUAUAUCACUUUGGCCAUGUGGCCUUAUUGCAUUAUAUCACCUUAGGUCGUGUGGCUUGUUUGCUUAUUAGAAAUGUAUUGACUUGAUAGCAUGUCUUGUUUAUGACCGUAUGUUAAAUAUUUUAUGA